GAUAGACUGAGGAGAGACAGAGUUGAGCGGAAGUGAGCAGUUUGGUCGCUAUGGCAACGGAACUCCAUUCUGUCAACAUUAGCAAGAUACAGAAGAGUCACAAACAGCAGGAUGUCCUCAGCAGUGAGUGGAUCGAGGACUGCUCUCCUCCCAGACAUCUACAAUCCCCAUAAACACAGCGAAACACCAAUGUCUAGGUCCAGCCCGGAAUGGAUGAAGGAGAACCCCGUCCAUCCAGCUGCAGAGAAAACACAGAGGCCCACCGAGUUCCCGGAGCCUCUGCGUCAGAACGUGUGCGUGGAUGUGCUGCGCGAGGGCUUUCCUCGCGCGUUCGCGCAGAUGUUCGCGCUGCUGCAGCGCUGGGACGCAGCGGAUCCGCGCAGACUGCACACGCUCCAGCAGCGCCUCACCUCCGCCGAGACUGCCGAGAGACACGGACAGUAUGGAGAGGCGUAUGACAACCACAUGUUCUUGGCCAGGUUUUUCACCGAGCCGGAGGACAAAUGGUUAAAACAUCAUUUCAUAGAGCUGGCCCUCCAUUCAGCUCGCAAAUUCAAAAUGGACUCUGGCAAAAGAGAGGCUGAGGCCAACCUGCAUAUGGGACAAGUUUAUUUAGAGAAGGGUCAGCUGGAGCGAGCACAAGAGCAUUAUGAGGUGUUUUAUCACCUGACCAUGGGCCGUACAUGGCAGGACCCCAGCGGGCGCAUGCAUCACUCACGCUCAUGUGAGGAGCUCCAGAAGGUGCUCACGCUGCUGGGACAGAGAUUGCUUCAGGAACAAGACUACACUCAUGCCAUUAAGAUGUUCAACGAGGCUUACCAGAUGGCUAAAGAGUCGGGAGAUCGAGGGUCAGAAGGAGAAGCAGCUUAUAGACUGGGCCUGGCGUAUCAGAGCACUGGAGACCAGAAGACUGCUAAACAGUUUUUCAGCGUAUGUAUGGAGAUCUCCACAAUACUUGAAAAUGCAGACAGCAUGGGAAGAGCAUACGAAGCCAUUGCCAAAUCUCUGGAGAGUGAAGGCAAACUAACAGAGGCAACUGAAUAUUUGGAGAAAUUUGCAGAGAUUUCUCUAAGCAGCAAACAGGACAGAAACCUCGAGAAAGCCUGCAUGUGCCUCGGAAACAUCCUCAGCUUGAGAAAGCAGUAUGAUGGAGCUUAUGAACAUUUUGGACGUGCGUAUGAGAUUGCGUGUUAUCUGGCAUCGGUGGCCAGGCUGCAGAAGGCGCGGGUGUGUGCAGGCAGUGCUCGUGCGCUCAGCAUGAUGCAGACCUAUCACAGGCUCAUAGAGACACCAGGACGCCAGAACAUCAAGAGAAUCAUCAGCUGGAAGAAGAGGAGAGAUGGCAGCUUAAGUGCACCAUUAGAGGAAGAAAUUAAGAGAUGAACAGUGGAGGGCAGAUGUCUGUCUGAAGGCUGAAUAAAGUACUAUGAUCUGUUUCCAAUCUGUCUUUUAGAGAGAUUCCAUGUGGAAAAGAAGUGGAAAAGAAUUUAAAAGAAUAUACUUAAGAGUCAACUGAAUGUAAUGUUUUAUGACAAUUAAUUGGAUCUUAUUUUUUUUACAGUUAAAUGAAAAUGUAUUAUAUUUUAAAUUCAUAUUAAAUGCAAUUAGCUGAACUUUAGAAUUCUAUUUUCACACACUAGUAGGACUUGAGUUAGGCUACCUUUGUAUUCUGUUGUUUAAAGAAAUAUGGUUUAAGUGUACUGCUGAAUGUGCUGACAAGCAUUUAUGGUAAACUAAAAUAUAACUGAAUUUGAUUUCUAUUCAAACUGUACAUAUAACCUUUAAAUCUAAUAUCUAAUAAUACAUUAAAGUUAAAAGGACUUCACGUAUGAUGUUCAUCAACACAUCAAA